AUGCGUUUAUUUACCUCAAAGGAGCCCCAAACCGCGGACGAGAACGGGGAGAAGAAGAUCGAAUCAACCAAACAAGAGAAUGAAGAUGUUGAAGCCAUACCACCUGCGCGGGUGGCAGAUGAAAUCGAUCCGGUGAUCGAGAAGCAUGUGCGACGGAAGUUGGACAUGCAUAUUGUUCCAUUACUUUCGGCACUAUAUCUUCUGGCUUUCUUGGACAGAUCGAACAUUGGCAAUGCGCGAAUCGCAGGCAUGGAAGAAGACCUCGAACUCAGUAGUUCGCAGUACCAGUGGCUUCUCACCAUCUUCUAUAUCUCAUACAUCAUCUUCGGAUUCCUCGCAAUCAUGUGGAAAGUUGUACCUCCGCAUCGUUGGGCAGCGGGCUGCGUUUUCGUCUGGGGACUUGUUUCGACCGUACAAGCUGCGACAACUUCAUGGGGAGGAAUGAUGGCACUUCGCUUUAUUAUGGGUGCUGCAGAAAUCGCGUACGGUCCGGGGAUUCCGUUUCUGCUCUCUUUCUUCUACUUGAGGCAUGAGCUUGGGCUUAGGUGUGGCCUAUUUCUCUCAGCUGCCCCUCUUGCGAACACCUUCGCAGGCGCGUUGGCGUAUGGUAUUACGAGCGGUAACCCCGGAAUGGCAAAAUGGCGCCUUUUGUUCCUGGUAGAGGGAUUACCAACGAUCGUUAUGGCUGCGGUUGCGUGGUUCUUUCUGCCAGAUAGUCCAGAGAAAGCCAAGUUCUUAAACGAAGAAGAGAAAGCGGUUGCGAGAGCUCGUGGUGUGGCACAGGCUGGCGCUGCGACAAGAAUCGGAGGCGUCAACUGGAAAGAGAUCCUGGAGGGGCUGAUGGAUGUGAAAGGCUGGAUACUCGGUCUCAUGUACUUCUCUGGAAACGUAGCAUUCUCGUCCCUACCGGUCUUCCUUCCCACGAUCCUCAACGAGAUGGGAUUUUCGAGUGUCAACGCGCAAGGCUUAACGGCACCGCCCUUUUUCCUUUCCUUCCUCACUGUAAUCGCCACGUGCUAUAUCGCAGACCGGACGCAACAGCGCGGAAUUAUGAUUGCUAUCCUGACGGCAAUCGGAGGAAUUGGUUACGUUAUCCUAGCUACCACGAAGAGCGUAGCAGCAAGAUACUUCGGAGUCUUCCUGGCUGCUGCCGGUAUCUUCCCAGCUAUCGGCAAUGUCCUUCCCUGGGUCACGAACAAUCAGGGCAGUGAUACGAGAAGAGGCACGGGAAUAGUCAUCUUGAACUUGAUUGGGCAAUGUGGACCUCUCUUAGGAACUCGAUUGUAUCCAACAUCGGAGGGUCCUUUGUACGUGAAGGGCCAGUCUGUAUGUGCCGGUUUCAUGUUUCUGUUCUGCCUGUUAUCUUUGUUGUUGAGGACCAUUCUCGCUUGGGAAAACAAGAAGCUGGAUCGGAAGUAUGGAAGCUUGGCGCAACAAAGAGUAGCACUUCAGGAGGCGGCAGCGCGUGGUGAAGCCAAGCGGGAAACAGGCCUCGAGAACUAUGGCCCGAUGUAUCGUUUCGUGCUGUAA